UUAGAUUAUGAAGAGAUGGUUACAUUUUUGGUUCAAGUUGAAGCUUUGCUUAAUUCUAGGCCUUUAACCCCUAUUUCAUCUGAUCCGUCAGAUCUUACUCCUCUCACCCCUGCGCAUUUUUUGAUAGGCCGAACGCUCACUAUGAUACCUGCUCCCUUGGUGCAAGACUCGCCGAUACAUACCCUAACGAGAUAUCAGAGAAUAGAAGCACUAAAAGCGCAUUUUUGGAAUCGGUAUUAUAAGGAAUUCAUUUCAGAACUGCAGGUCCGAAACAAAUGGCGCAGGGAUGGAGGCCAGCUGAAGCUUGGCGAGAUGGUUCUCGUCAAAGACGACCGCUUGCCCCCCAGCAGAUGGCUGCUUGGGCGAGUCACCGCAGUCUACCCGGGCAACGACGGAGUCAGCCGCGUCGCUGACGUCACCACCACCACAGGGACGCUGAGAAGGGCCUACAACAGGCUCUGCCCGCUCCCACUGACAUUGGACCAGGAUGGUCCAAGGGGGCCAGCUUGUUAACGCGCCCCACUCGCGGACUCCGUGGACACGAGGAAUAGGAGCGGCCCCAGAAUCGAGCCCUGUGGUACAC